UGCUCAGAAAUGACCCGAGGAACAUGAAAAAGAGAUUAAGGCGAUGAGGAAAAUUUGUGAGGAACCUGAUUUGAUCAAGACACUGACUCAUCUGAACAGACGAUUUAAUUCCUGACAAAAUGUGUGUGAGAUAUCUUGGAUUUCUCCUGGUUUGGUUUCCAGGAGUACUGAAUGCACAAAGUGCAGCUCAGCCUUGUCGCGCUCCCCGUCUGAACGGUGGUUAUUUGGUCCCUGAAAAAGAAGCUUAUUUUCAUGGAAUGACGCUCAGUUAUGGCUGUGAUGACGGACUGAAACCAGCAGUGGAGGGUUGGUGGGCAACGAGCACAUGUCAUAAUGGUUCAUGGUCCCAUGAGCCACAAUGUAUAGACGAAAACGCUUGUAUACCACCAACUAUCCCCAACGCAAAAUACUCUGCCAACACAAAUGGUUGGUAUAAGCACGAACAAACAAUCAGGAUAACAUGCGACGAAGGAUAUGAUUACAAAGACCUGGACGCCACAGCCAAAUGUAUAAAUGGAACAUGGUCCUCUGUGCCGGUCUGUGAGAAAAGUACCCAUGCAUGUGGUGAGCCCCCUAAAAUCCCCCAUGCAGUCAUCAUUCAUCAGACAUACAAGGAGCUGUAUCCUGUAAAUUCAGAAGUGCAGUAUGAAUGUGAAGAUGAAUACACCCUAGAUGGAGCAGGCACCGAAAAGUCAGUCUAUUGCAUAUCUGGAAACUGGAGUGCAGGCCCAACGUGCAUCGCAGGAAGAGAAACCAGACCAGGUACUGGACAGGGUGGCUCUGAAGUGGGGGGAACAGGAGGCAGCAGACCAGGUACUGGACAUGGUGGAUCUGCAACUGGGGGACACACUACAUCUACUGGCGGUGGGACAAAGCCUGUGGGUGGAGGCAGCAGACCAGGUACUGGACAUGGUGGAUCUGCAACUGGGGGACACACUACAUCUACUGGCGGUGGGACAAAGCCUGUGGGUGGAGGCAGCAGACCAGGAACUGGACAUGGUGGAUCUGCAGGGUCUGCUAGCAGCUCCGAAGAGAAAGAGACUCAACUUCAGAUCACAACAAUUAGGACCUGUGGAAAUCACCCCGUAGUUCCUAAUGGUGAUGUUGUGGAAAACAAUCCAAUGUUUUUGAGGUACCAGUGUGCUGCAUUUUACAAACGAACGGGUCCACAGAGUGUGGUGUGUUACAGCAACGGGAAAUGGUCAGAAACACCCACCUGCAAAGCUGCCUUCUGUUCUGUGGACACUGGUGACUAUCCUGAAUUAAUACCUGUUGGAGUUAAAUAUAUAAAAGAGGGUGAGAAGGCGAGAUUGGAAUGUGUGCAUCAGGAGCGAUGGUGGACGACUCAUUAUUCUGUGGCUCGCUGCAAUAAUGGAAGAAAGACACUUUCCAGAUGUUGUGACUGGUGGGACCUGAAGAGGGACAUUUGCUAAAGCUGUUUCACCAAGAGGAAGAUAACUGCCACCUUUGGAUUUGCUCACCACCGACUGAAAACAGCCUGGAAACCUUUCAGAGACGACUAAGUUACGAUUAUGCUGUUACACACUGUGUUUUUAUAUUAAUCUGCUUACAUCAUUUAGAAGCAAUGCUGUGCUUAAAGCUGCAAAAAUUAACUCAACAUUUAAAUAUGGUGUGUAAUUGACAUGCAGGCCUCAAUAAAGUCUUCUGCUGAGGUUUCAACGCUGUUCUUUCUAAA